AUGGAAUCAGAGGCCGCCGACAACACCGAGAUGCCCACAGCAGCCAGCUUAGAGGAGGUCGGCGAUGUGCGAGUGGAGUUCGGAGAAGACUCUGGGAGCUCCCUGCUGGCCAGCUCUCAUCUGCUCCGCGUGGCUUCUCCGGUUUUCAACCGGAUGCUUCAAAGUGGCUUGAAGGAAACACAGACAAGCAUCAUCCGGGUGGAUGUGGCCAGCAAGGAGGAGUUUAUCACCUUCUACAACUUUCUUGGUCCUGUGGCAUGGAGCACCGAUCAGGUCACGGAGGCAAAUGUUGAUUCGCUUCUUACCAUCAGUGAUUACUACCAGGUGGAGAUCAUCAAACGAACCUGUGAGGAUUUGCUGCUUACUCUUCCGGUCACUGGCACUCGCCUCUUGCAAGCUCACAAGCAUGGCCUCAAGCGGCAGUGCGAAAGGUGCUUAAGGCAUUUGGCCAAGCAGAGCACCAAGGAAGACCUGGAGGUUCUCCACCAGUCCGCGCCUUACAUCCUUCUGCAGGUGGCCCUCAAGAAACAAGAGAUGUUGAACCCGCUGAUGGCGAUGAAAGAUGGGUUCCUGAAGUGCGUUGCUGGCAUAUCAGAAAUACGGUUACAGGAACUACCGGUCCCGACCCGAGAGUUCUUUGAAACAGACCACCGCUGGAUUGAAUUCUUCAAUUGUGUUAGCGACAUGGCGCAGCUCUUCAGCGAGACUGGGAACAAAUGA